AUGAAAGGCGAUCUGAAAUGGCUAGCGAGCACGGAGGACCCACGUGAUGGAGCUACUCUGUUGGUGUCCGGGUCAACACAUUACUUGAAUGUGUACGAUGACUCCGGAUGGCGCUUUUCUGACGAAAGUCAGACAGAGUUUUGCUCCACGAUGCAGAGUCUGCCAUCCCCGCCUCCUCUUGUCUACAUGGACGGGUUCACGAAUGCCUUGGUCUUCGAUGAUACUCUUCAUGUGGCUUGGCGGGGGUUCGCGGCAGACUUUCUCGCAAGCUGCCUUAUCCUCAUCUUCGGCAAGGGGGUGGGGCUUCAGAGGGCUUGUGAGAAUGCUGGGCUUUGGGCGAGGGCUCGAGGAUAUUCUCUGUCCAUCGAUGAGUUUUCCUUGUCAGAUGACAAGUUUCCAUCGGUCAACGCCAAGGGCUACGAGAUCAAGAUCUGUUGCACUUGGUUAGCAGCUUGGUUGCAAAGUAUGUUAUCUGCAACUGGAGAUAUCUCUCCCUGA